AUGGCCGUGCUCCACCUGCACCUGUACCUCACGGCCCUGGGCUGCUGGGUGACACAGCUGUCCAGCUCCCUCCUGCUGCCCAACGCCACCGAGCUGCUGUCCCCGCCCGCGGGCGUGGCCGCGGGGCCGCUCCGGGGCGAGGGGGUCCCGCGGGGCCGGCGGAAGAGAUUCCUGUCCCCCCAGGACAUGGGUGUCAUUCUGGACUACCACAACCAAGUGCGGGCACAGGUGUCCCCCCCCGCUGCCAAUAUGGAAUACAUGGUGUGGGAUGAGCGGCUGGCCAGGGGCGAGGCGUGGGCUGCGCGCUGCCUGUGGGACCACGGCCCCCCCGAGCUGAUGAAGUAUGUGGGACAGAACCUCUCCAUCCAAUCGGGCAGGUACCGCUCUGUCCUGGACAUGGUGAAAUCCUGGCACCAGGAGAAGCAGCACUACUCCUUCCCCCAGCCCCGGGAGUGCAACCCCCGCUGCCCCUCCAGGUGCAGUGGCUCCGUCUGCAGCCACUACACACAGAUGGUGUGGGCAACCUCGAGCCGCCUGGGCUGUGCCCUGGGCACGUGUGCCAACGUGCGGGUGUGGGGCAGCACGUGGCGUCACGCCAUCCUCCUGGUGUGCAACUAUGCCAUCAAGGGUAACUGGCUGGGAGAAGCGCCCUACAAGGUGGGGCGGCCGUGCUCAGCCUGCCCCCCCAGCUACGGCGGGGGCUGCUCCAACAACAUGUGCUUCAGCGGAGUCAAAUCCAACCAAGUCAGCUGGUUCUAGGGCUGCAGCCCCAGGAGGAGCCCUGGCAAUGGAGAUGGGGUGAACAAGAAUUAUUUAUAACACUGACCCCCGGCAGCCUGGCUGUCCAACCUGCUUCAUCCUAAUGCCACAUAGGAAAAUGCUUUUCUAACACACGUCUCCAGCAGGGCUGUCUGGCUGCUUCCCACUUUGGGGGAACUACGGACAGUGCAGGUCCCUAUUUUCUGAAAUGGGGAUGGUUUUGGGGUGCAUGCAGGGAGUGGGGCUGGCUGGCAUGGUCCCUGCUCUGCAGACUCAGGGGG